ACCUCCAUUCUCAACAUGGGACCGACUCGGCGUAUAAAAAGACGGCCCCUUCGCUCAUUCGAAUCAAACUGUCUCUCAGCUCCAACCAGCUCAAACGCAAAGCAAUUCUAUUGCAUCUUCAAACUCUCUUUUUUGAAAGUUAUUUCCCAACGUUUUUUCAAAAAAAGUUCCAUCAUCAAAAUGGCAUCUCAACUCACCAAGACAAGCAUUGUUGCUAAGCGCCUCAUGUCCGACUCUGCCCGAUACAUUUCGCCCGUCUCCCAACUUGGUCAAAUUGCCCACAAAGUCAGCCCCUUUGAGCAGCGAUUGCUCGUCUGGAGUGGCCAGUUCAAGAAGACCUCCGAAGUUCCUUCUCUCGUCUCGAACGCAAUGAUUGAGAACGCUCGCAGCCACUUCCGGAUCAAGGUGAAUUUGAUCGUUGCCGGAGCUGCCAUCUUCGGCUCUUUCCUGAUGGUCAUCAGCGGCAAGAACGCCGCCCAUCGCGGAGAAAACAUCAACGAAUACAACGCCGAAUGGCACCGACGAUACAACGAGGCUCACAAAUACGAUCCUAUUCAAAACGAUCAUCAUUAAACGAUCUUCAGUGAUUAAUAUAAAUAAUGUCCAUAGCAAAAAAAAACAAAAAAAAAACAACAAAAAAGUCAAAAAUCUAAAAAAAAAUAAUUAAAUAAUGGUGUAAUGUAUACGGACCAAUUGUUUUGUCUUUGAUAGUUUGUUCUUAACACUUGGCCUGGAAAUUCAACGUUGUAUGAUGAUGUGAUCGGUAUGUAGUAUUGAGUCCUCUCAUUAAUUGGCCCUCUACUUUUGAAUUUGCAUUCUGUCCGUAUUGUGUUGUAUUCUAAAUACAGUUAAAGUUGAGAAGAAA